UCGCUGUUGCCGCCGCCGCCGCCGCCGCCGCCGCCGCUGCCGCGGUUGCUGGGGGUCCGGGAGAGGAGCAGCUGUCGCGGCUCUUGUAGGGUCGGUCUCGGUUGCUGUUUUUGCCCAAGGAGUCUUCCUUCCUGGGUCGCACCCUGACUCCCGUGGUGUCGAGGGGGAGUCCCUGCGGACACCUGGGCACGCAGUGGAGAUGCCUCUCUUCACCACCAAUCCCUUCGAUCAGGAUGUGGAGAAAGCAACCAGUGAGAUGAAUACUGCUGAGGAUUGGGGCCUCAUUUUGGAUAUUUGUGAUAAAGUUGGUCAAUCUCGCACUGGACCUAAAGACUGUCUUCGGUCUGUUAUGAAGAGGGUGAACCAUAAAGAUCCUCAUGUUGCUAUGCAAGCGCUGACUCUUCUAGGAGCAUGUGUAUCAAACUGUGGCAAAAUUUUUCAUUUAGAAGUAUGUUCAAGAGAUUUUGCUAGUGAAGUAAGCAACGUAUUAAACAAGGGUCACCCUAAAGUGUGUGAAAAAUUAAAGGCUCUUAUGGUUGAAUGGACCGAUGAAUUUAAGAAUGAUCCACAGCUUAGUCUAAUAUCAGCAAUGAUUAAGAACCUUAAGGAACAAGGAGUUACGUUUCCAGCUAUCGGCUCUCAGGCUGCAGAACAAGCGAAAGCAAGCCCAGCUCUGGUAGCCAAGGAUCCUGGUGCUGUGGCUAACAAAAAAGAAGAAGAAGAUUUAGCAAAAGCUAUUGAGUUGUCCCUGAAGGAACAAAGGCAGCAGUCAACCACCGUGUCCAGCCUGUAUCCGAGCACAUCCAAUCUCUUAACUAAUCACCACCACGAAGGCCGAAAAGUUCGUGCCAUAUAUGACUUUGAAGCUGCUGAAGAUAAUGAACUUACUUUUAAAGCUGGAGAAAUUAUUACCAUUCUUGAUGACAGUGAUCCCAACUGGUGGAAAGGUGAAACCCAUCAAGGCAUGGGGUUAUUUCCCUCUAAUUUUGUGACUGCUGAUCUCACUGCUGAACCAGAAAUGAUUAAAACGGAGAAAAAGACGGUACAAUUUAGCGAUGAUGUUCAGGUGGAAACAAUAGAGCCCGAGCCGGAGCAAGCCUUUAUUGAUGAAGAUAAAAUGGACCAAUUGCUGCAGAUGUUGCAAAGUACAGAUCCCAGUGAUAAUCAACCAGAUCUUCCAGAGUUACUGCAUCUUGAAGCAAUGUGUCACCAGAUGGGACCUCUCAUUGACGAAAAGCUGGAAGAUAUUGACAGAAAACAUUCAGAACUCUCAGAACUUAAUGUUAAGGUGAUGGAGGCACUUUCAUUGUAUACCAAGUUAAUGAAUGAAGAUCCAAUGUAUUCCAUGUAUGCAAAAUUACAGAGUCAGCAGUAUUAUGUGCAGUCAUCUGGGGUUUCUGGUUCUCAGGUGUAUCCGGGGCCGCCUCAGAGUGGUGCUUACCUGGUUGCAGGGAAUGCACAGAUGAGCCAUCUCCCGAGCUACAGUCUGCCCCCGGAGCAGCUUUCUUCUCUCACCCAAGGCGCAGUUCCACCGUCUGCAAACCCAGCCCUUCCCAGUCAGCAGACUCAGGCUUCGUACCCGAACGCAAUGGUCAGUUCUGUUCAAGGAACUACAUAUUCCAGCCAGGCUUCAGUAUAUAGUCCUCCUCCGUCUGCUGCUGCUGCUGAUGUCCCUAUCUACCAGAACGCAGGAACUAAUAUGUCCCAGGUGCCAAACUAUAACUUAACAUCAUCAGCGCUGCCUCAGCCUGGAGGCAGUCAGCAGCCACCUCAGCUACAGCAAGCAUAUUCUCAGAAGGCUCUGCUAUAGGACUUGGGAUUCCUCCUUGUGGCAAAGAUCUGCUAAAUGCCGCUGACGAUGUUACGAGAUUCUGUAGUAUCUUAAGAUUUGUUUAUCCUCAGCGUAUAGGAAUUUAUCUUGGUCAGCAAGUUCCACUGUUCAAGAAGGUAGAACUCUCUUCAAUUUGCACUGACUUUUUAGAGGUUCUCCCCGCCCCCUUCCCCGGAGGAAUGAAACUACUUACAACAUUUAAUUCCUUUCAUAAUAUGAAAGAAUUGAUACAAGAUUAUUUGUCUCGUAAAAUUACCUGGUCUGCAAAAAGUCAAACUACAAAAACUGUUGUGACAAAUGUUAUGUACAUAUAUUGGUGUGUAACUUCAUGAGUGGCCAUUUUGAAUCACAAUGGUGAUCAUGUGAAUAUAUUUAACACUGUUAAAUUAAUUUACAUUGCUAUUUUAUUUUAAUCAUGAACAACUACCAUAUUUCAUAAUGUUUUGUGUAAAUUUAAGAUAAUUACACUAUCCUUUUAAACUGCAAGAGAACAAAGCUUUAGCAUAUUUACGUGAAAGCAUUGUGUUGUCCAUGUUUCAGUUCCACAUUAAACUGAACCUUCCUUUGACUAAUUGUGAGCUGAACAUAUGUAUAUGUCCUUCUGUAGCCUCUGCACCCUACUAGCUGUCAUCACACCAGCGUACAGUAGCUAAAUUUUUGGUGCAAUUACAGCAAAUGAUGGUGUUCCCCUUUAAACUUUACAUUUUGGCUUGAUAUUUCAGAAUAUUUUGGGACCAUGAGACAAAAUUAAGUAAGAUCACGUUCUUUAUAUCUUAUUUUUAAAGAGAUAAUGUUGAUUUACUUUUUCCUAGUUGAAGAUAGUAAUUAGAUUUCUAAGCUGUAUACUGUGUUUCUUGGUGGCAGUGACACCAAAGAUAGAGGCAAUGGAUAGAAAUUUUUAAACUGGAAAGAAAACAUGAAUUACACUACAUUUUCAAAGUCUCUUGUAAUUAUUUACAAUAUAAACAAAAUUUGAUUCAUCUGUCUUACCCCACUACUAGUCUUUUAAAUAUGUCCUUAACACUUUGUAUCCUUAAUUCUUCAUUAAAACGGAUAUAAGUAGAUGUUUCAAAGUAUCUAUGUUCCUGGCUUGACAGUUUGUAUUUUUCUUCUUAUCUUUCACACUGGACUUUUGGGCUGCUCUCGCUCUCUUUUAAAGUUCUGAUGGAAUUAUUUUGGCUUCCUCUUCAGGAGUACUUUUGACUGAGUGCUUUGCUUUUCGUCCUUAUGAAGUAUGUUUUCCACUGACAUUUUAAUCUUUUAAUAUAUUAACAACUUCCCUAGUUGUGCUAUACUGUUAUUUAACACUAUUAUUUAAAUAAUUGGAAAAUUGAAUUGAGCAUCAUAUUAAAAGAAUUGAUUUAUUUACAGGUUUCACAUCAUAAAUGAAAAUUUAAUUUGUAUUUUCUAAAACUAUUGUAGUCACGUAGCUUCUUUCUUUCCUUUUUGACAAAUGAUUCCAUCUUUGGCAAGUAAUCUUAAUGGUGACUAAUUUCUUGGGGUCAAAUUGAAAGCACUGGCUUCAACUAAGUGUUUGGCCUUAGUCUUAGGUUUUCCUGAGUUUAGAGUAUGUGACCCUCAAAGAGUAAUUUUAAAAUUUGGAUUCAAACUUUACAUUAAAAAAAUUUGUAAUGCGUUAUUUUUUGAUAAACAUUGUCAAACAGAUUGUAAUCUUUUCCAUUACAAUUUGAGUGUUCUAUUGUAACUGAUAUACUUUUCCCCAAGUCAUAUUAUAUUUUUCUUUCUCUUUUGAUAAAUUCCUGUUUACCAAUGGCAAAUGAUCAUUUUGCCAUUUUAUUUUGAUUCCUUCAUGCUGUGAAGUCAAUUACAUGUUCUCUAGUAUGCUUUUUGCCCUGUAAAAGUCAAAGAAUGGUGAAAUGAAAAAAAAGCUACCUUUCUUACUAUGCAUAUAUAGUUUUCUUUACUUAUUACAUUACUAGGCUUAUAAAGGUUUAAAUGAUGAACACUUAAAACUGAUACUAUGUUAUUUUGUGCUUUUCAUUUACUAGGUAUAAAAAUACCAGAUGGAAAAAUUCCGAUGAAAAGUAACCAUUGGGUUUUCCAUGUUUCAGAUGACAUGGCAAGGACAGAAAUAGGAAAGGAUCAGUUAGGAGCACAAAUGAUUUUGUUCUGAAACCAGUGUAUGUAUUGCAAUUUCAAAAAAUCUUUCUUUAAAAUAUAGCUGUCCCUUUUUUAAGGAGUAGAAUUAUUUAUAAAAUGAACAAACUAUAAUAUGAAUUUCUGUGAAGCAAAUUUUACUUCUCAGUUUAUUUCCUUUGGAAAGUUUGACUGUAUAACCAUAAACCAGUGACAUCUAAAUGGAAAAAUUCAGUCCACUUACUAUCUAGCAUAAAUAGCCAAGAGACCCCACGGCCAAUUGGAUCUGAUCAUAUAUCAAUGCCCUAGAGCUACUUGGAGUAAUACGUAGUAUGAAUUACUGUGAUUUUACAGUCUUUUAUAACUCUGUGGCUCCUCUUCACUAUUAGCUAUGUCUCCUACUCAGUGAGGGACCUUUUAGGUGGCUAGAGAUUCCCUUCUUUAUAUUAAAAACUUCUGGAACUUUGUGUCUAUACAUCUUUUUUUUUUUUUUUUAGGAAGGUUAGCCC